CCCUAUUCGACCGAUCCAGAGAGAAGGAAUCGCUUGCAGAGGAAAAAAAAAGGCCCCCCUUUUUUUUUUCUCGAUCCUAUCGUAACAGAUCUGAAAUAAAAUCGUUUUUUCGCAAAAAAGGGCGAUUUGUAUGAUGCGAAAGUGGUGAUAGAAGAAUUGCUUUUAUUUUGGAGAGAUUUGAUUGGAGGCAUGUAUAUUGAGGAAUUGACGGAGAGGGAAUCGGGAAUCGGAGACGAAGAAUCGCUAACAGAUGUUGGCAGCACUGAGGUUGUAUUGCUGAAUGCGAAAAGGGCGUUGAUUGUAGUCGGGGGCCGCAUUCUUUUCUACCCGACUCUUCUGUACAACGUCGUCCGAAAUAAAAUAGAAUCGGAGUUUCGGUGGUGGGAUUUCGUUGAUGAGCAUUUAUUGCUAGGUGCGGUUCCAUUUCCAACAGACGUUCCUCGCUUAAAACAGCUUGGAGUUGAAGGGGUGAUCACAUUGAAUGAGCCAUAUGAGACCCUGGUUCCUACAUCUCUAUAUCUUGCUCAUGGCAUUGACCAUUUAGUGAUCCCUACAAGAGAUUACCUUUUUGCUCCUUCAUUUGGAGAUAUAUGCCAAGCUGUUGGCUUCAUUCAUAGGAAUGCUUCCCAUGGGAGAACAACAUAUGUGCACUGUAAAGCUGGCCGUGGACGCAGCACAACCAUUGUUCUCUGUUACUUGGUGCAACACAAGGGUAUGACUCCUGCUGCUGCUUAUGAAUAUGUGAGGUUUAGCAGGCCGAGAGUGCGUUUAGCUGCUGCUCAGUGGCAGGCUGUUCAAGAGUACUACGAGGUAAAGGUAACAAAGACCAGGAAGGGCAGUUUCAUGGACAAUCCGAUCAUGAAAUCUCCAGCUCUAAUGACCGCUCAAGGUACCAUGGUUUUCGAUGAUGGGUCUGUUGUAAUGGUGGCAAAGACUGACCUUGAUGGGUACAAUGGAAGCCAUGAAUCGGGAAUUGUCGGCAAUGACAUAUGGGCAGAGCUGAGCUUGGUCUACAGGGUCCAGUUUGCAGGGCAGGCAGCUCUGGCGAGGCUUUCAUGCCUGUGGCUUCGUUGCCACACGGGGCAAAAAAUAGGAGCUGAGAAGCUGGGAAAGGAGAGCUGCUCAGUAGAAGCUGAUCAGAGGGGGGGUUUAGGUGUCGAUAUACCUGUUUAUUGAGAGGGGUGUUGAGAGUGUAGUGAAAGUCACAGAAGCUUUUCUUCUUUGCAUCUGCACCCUUCUUCUUUCUUUGGGAAAAAAAGAAGUGUAUGG